UUCAACCUUUAGCCUUUUCUUGUUGAAGGGGAAAAGAAUUCACUCCUUAGUUUCUCCAUCGAUUCUCAGAUACAGAAAACAAUGGCAGCUUCAGCUAUGGUUUUAGAUCCAAACCCUACAUCCGAUCCACCACCGUUCUUCCCUUCAAUGAAACACAUCUCUAACACCGACCAAUCCACGGCGGCGACUUCCGACGACGAAGAUCUCUACGGCCGUCUCAAAUCCCUACAGCGCCAACUCGAGUUCAUCGAUAUUCAAGAAGAAUACGUCAAGGACGAACUCAAAAACCUAAAGCGUGAGCUUCUUAGAGCACAAGAAGAAGUGAAGAGGAUCCAAUCGGUUCCUCUUGUCAUAGGUCAGUUCAUGGAGAUGGUAGAUCAAAACAACGGUAUCGUUGGAUCCACAACCGGAUCUAAUUACUACGUUCGUAUUCUCAGUACGAUUAAUCGUGAACUGUUGAAGCCUUCCGCUUCCGUAGCACUUCACCGACAUUCGAAUGCUCUUGUUGAUGUCUUGCCUCCUGAAGCUGAUUCAAGUAUUUCGCUUCUUAGUCAAUCGGAGAAGCCUGAUGUUACCUACAGUGAUAUUGGAGGAUGUGAUAUACAGAAGCAGGAAAUUCGUGAAGCUGUAGAAUUGCCAUUGACUCAUCAUGAUCUGUAUACUCAGAUAGGUAUUGAUCCUCCAAGGGGAGUGUUGCUUUAUGGUCCGCCAGGCACGGGUAAAACCAUGCUUGCUAAGGCUGUUGCUAACCACACAACAGCUGCGUUUAUUCGAGUUGUUGGGUCUGAAUUUGUUCAGAAGUAUCUCGGUGAGGGUCCUAGAAUGGUUCGUGAUGUGUUUCGUCUUGCUAAAGAGAAUGCACCUGCUAUAAUCUUUAUUGAUGAGGUUGAUGCAAUUGCAACUGCUCGAUUCGACGCCCAAACUGGAGCUGACAGAGAGGUUCAGCGUAUUCUCAUGGAACUUCUAAAUCAGAUGGAUGGAUUUGAUCAGACAGUAAAUGUUAAGGUCAUAAUGGCGACCAAUCGUGCCGACACUUUGGACCCUGCACUUCUUCGCCCAGGUAGACUUGAUAGGAAGAUUGAGUUCCCCUUACCCGACAGACGUCAAAAGAGGCUUAUUUUUCAGGUCUGCACUGCUAAAAUGAAUUUGGGCGACGAGGUUGACUUGGAGGACUAUGUUUCUAGACCCGAUAAAAUUAGUGCUGCUGACAUAACUGCUAUAUGCCAAGAAGCUGGAAUGCACGCAGUCCGCAAGAACAGGUAUGUGAUACUACCAAAAGACUUCGAGAAAGGGUACCGAACCAAUGUUAAGAAACCAGAUACGGAUUUCGAAUUCUACAAGUGAUGAGGGCAAGCGCCAAAGAAGAGAAGACAAGGCAACUGUGUUUAGUGGCUUAGUUGAUGGUAACAUGUUAAAAAAGACAUAGACUCUAUUUAUGUAUACUUUUAUUAUUUGUAUUUUAUAAGCAACUUUUUUUAAAAAAGAAAAAAAAAAUGAAUGGUUUUGAACUGCUCAUUUGGUGUGGUGUGGUGGUUGUCAAGAUUUGGAUGAUAUUCUAGGCCAGCUACCUAAUGAUAUGAUUAAAUUGCUUUGUUUGUUUAAUU